CUGGUGUGGACUCUAACAUCCAAAAGCCUUGUGCUCUUCUUCAUCUUGAUCUCGUAAGGGAUGGCUACGGAGGUGGUGGUGCCGGAGCAAGCUGUGGCGGAGCAAAGCAAAACUGUGGUGGAGCAACCGAAAGCUGUGGAGGAGCAAAGCAAAGUUGUGGUGGAGCAAAGCAAAACUGUGGUGGAGCAAAGUAAUGAGCAUGAUUGCUGCCACACUCACACAGGACCAGGGUAUGCUUCCCCACUCGCCGCCAUGUCUGGUCCCAGAGAGACUCUUAUCUAUGUCGUUGCUCUUUACUCUGGAACAGGAAUAGAGAAGCCAGACUAUCUAGCCACUAUAGAUGUGGAUCCAAGUUCUCCAACUUAUUCACAAGUUAUCCACAGGCUACCUAUGCCUUAUUUAGGUGAUGAACUUCACCAUACAGGGUGGAAUACUUGUAGCUCCUGCUUUGGAGAUCCAUCGGCCGUUCGACGCUAUUUGAUCAUUCCUUGUCUCAUAUCGGGUCGCGUAUAUGUGGUUGACACAAAAACAAAUCCAAGGGCCCCUUCCAUGCAUAAAGUUAUUGAGUCGGAAGAAAUAGUGGAGAAAACAGGAUUAACACACACUCACAAUAGCCAUUGCCUUGCUUCUGGUGAUAUAAUGAUUUCAUGUCUUGGAGAUAAGGAAGAAAAAGGGUGUGGAUAUCUUCUUCUUGACUCGGAAUUCAAUAUCAAAGGAAGGUGGGAGAAACCUGGCCACAGUCCUCGAUUCAAUUAUGACUUUUGGUAUCAACCACGGCUCGAUGUAAUGAUUGGCACAUCAUGGGGGGCUCCUUCAGCGUUCACCCAAGGUUUUAUCCCGCAGCAUGUGUCUGAGGGCUUAUAUGGGAGGUUUCUGAAUGUGUACAGCUGGCCUGAAGGCGAACUCAAACAAACUCUGGACCUUGGCGAUGCAGGGCUUAUUCCCCUGGAGAUACGAUUUCUGCAUGAUCCUGAUAAAGACACAGGUCUCGUUGCGUGUGCAUUGUCAAGUAACGUUGUACGAUUCUUCAAGACUGAGGAUGGGACAUGGAGCCAUGAGGUUGUAAUAUCAGUCAAACCGUUGGAAGUGCAAAACUGGGUUCUUCCUGAACUGCCCGGGCUUAUAACUGAUAUUGUGAUAUCCCUUGAUGAUCGAUUUCUAUACACGGUGAACUGGCUUCACGGGGAUAUAAGACAGUAUGACAUCACGGACAUAAAGAAUCCUCGACUUACUGGACAAAUAUGGGUCGGGGGAGUGAUAAAGAAAGGAAGCCAAGUAGAAGCUGUAGCAGAAGAUGGUACAACUUGGCAAUCUGAUGUUCCAGAGAUCCAGGGAAAGGAGUUAAGAGGGGGGCCUCAGAUGAUUCAACUGAGUUUAGAUGGGAAAAGGUUAUAUGUGACCAACUCGCUCUAUAGUAAAUGGGAUAAACAGUUUUAUCCAGAGCUAGUGGAGAAAGGAUCCCACAUGUUGCAGAUAGAUGUUGAUACUGAGGAAGGAGGCCUGAAAAUAAACCCAAACUUCUUCGUUGACUUUGGGGCUGAACCGGAUGGUCCUGUCCUUGCCCAUGAGUUGAGAUACCCUGGUGGUGACUGCACCUCCGAUAUAUGGAUUUGAGCACAACAAGUAUCAUAUUUGUAUAUGUCAGUAUCUUUUAUGUAGCUGCAGUUUCACUGCUUUUCCUUAAACGUUGUUAAUGUGUGUGUUUGGUUUCAUAUUGAUUUUGGUCAAAAUUACGUUUUGACCAAAAAAUAAUGUGAGAAUAUAGUCGCCCCUCCGGUGUUGCGAGAUCACAUUGGCAGCUAGCUAGCACUACUGCCAACGAUAUGAAUGUCUCAUCUUUAUGUUGUGUGAACCCAAUAAAUGAUCUUUAAAAAAAAAAAAAA